AUGGACGAGGUACACGUUUUAGACCUGGCCAAGAUUUACAAUCGAAUAACAUUGACAAUUUGUAGUAUUCUCAAGAAAAAAGAAGAAAUCAAAGCAAUGGAAGGGGUCCUUACAGUGUCGACACAAUGGCUACAUGUUCUUGAUAGCGUAGAAAAGUUGCUUCUCAUCUGGAUAAAUAACAAGCAGUUAGCAGGAGAUACGAUAACUGAGAACAUUAUUUGUGAAAAGGCACGGUUGUUAUUUGGUGACUUUGUUAAAAAGGAGCCAGGCUCAUCAGUAGACGCAGAAAAAGAAACUUUUAAGACAAGGCAUGGUUGGUUUGAAAACUUUAAAAAAAGAACUGGCAUUUGUAAUGUUGUGCAACAUGGGGAGAGUGCAAGCUCCGAUAUGAAGGCAGCAGAGGCGUUCGUUACCGAGUUUAAAAGGUACGUGGAUUCUGAGAGUUACAUUCCGCAACAAGUGCUUAAUUGCGAUGAGACCGGCCUGUUCUGGAAGAAGAUGCACAGGAGGCCCUUCAUUACAGCAGAAGAAAAGGCACUUCCCGGUCACAAGUCCAUGAAAGACCGUCUAACCCUGCCGUUCUGUGCCAAUGCAAGUGGAGAUUGCAAAAUUAAACCUCUCCUGGUGUAUCACUUGGAGAAUCCGCGAGCCUUUAAAAAGAAUAGGUGGCAGAAGAAGCAACUGAAAUUGAUAUGGAGGUCUACCAACAAGGCUUGA